AAAGCACAUGUACAUAUUUAGACACCUGAAUGAAAUAAGUUUAUUGACGCAAAAUAACAACGUGACGUUAAAUAUUUAGUUCAUAAUUUAUACAAAACCAAUAUGACGUCGCAGCAUAGCAAAAAGAAAAACACAUUUAACGAUCAAAUGGCUCUGGACACAAAAGACAAGGCUACUAGAAGAGUAAUCGCGCCCUACGUAAAAAUUGUGCGUAAGAGUAAAGGAGCUUUGGAAAAAAGCAAGGAAGAAAGUCAAAAAUUUAGUUUCUAUCUCCAUAAUAAACCCAGCGUGUUGAUGCAGGAUUUGUCUUCUUUUUUAUCAGAUAGCGUGGAUUUAGCAUCUGUAUUGCAAGAAACUGCAGACGUUUUAAAAGUCGUUACAAAGGCAAAUGGUGUUACUUUGUACAUGGUUGACUCAGCUUCUGAGGAGAUUUAUCAGGUGCCGAAAAAUGUCACCGACGAAAGACACAAAGUUAAUUGGAAAAUUCAAAAGGGCAGUACUGUAGCAACUUAUGUAGCCUAUAAAAAAGAAUUCGUACUGGUAGACGAUAUUUUAUGCGAUGACAGAUUUCCAAGUGGAUUGGGAUAUCAAGAUGAUAUGGUCAAAUCGGUACUUUGCGUACCAAUAGUCACAACCGACGGUGAUUGCUACGCUAUAGUCGAAAUGUAUCGAUGUGUACCAGAAGCACCAUUUAGUAAGGACGAUCUGAAGAUAUCAAUUGUAGUGUCUGGUUGGAUGGGUGCAGCAAUCCACCAGAACCGACUAAGACUUGCAUUGCAAAAGCAACAAGAAUUGAACGAUUACUUGUUGGACUUGAUCAAGUGCUAUUUUGCUGACAAUGUAUCAAUGGAAACUUUGAUUACGGAAAUUGUUAAAUUUGCCAAAGCAACACUAGGAGCUGAGCGUGGAUCAUUUUUCAUAAUAGAUCCAGAGAGUAGCGAUAUGACAGCAGAAGUAUUUGACGAAGGAAUUGAUGGCUCGGAAGGAACAACUAUGCGCAAAAAAAAUAUUAAAGUACGUCUAGCCAAAGACCGUAGUAUUCCAGGAUUAGUAGCCAGAACCGGAGUAACAGUCAAUUUGAGGGAUGCAUAUAACGAUCCCCGGUUUUUUACUGAAGUUGAAAAAAGAACGGGAUUUAUCACACGAUCUAUUCUUUGCAUGCCUAUAGUUAGCCUGGAAAAAAUUAUUUUAGGUGUGGUUCAAGUAGUUAACAAGAUGAACGGAGUGGUGUUUACAUCGUCAGAUGAGAACUUAUUCAAAACAUUUUCAGUCUACUGUGCUCUUGCUUUGCACUAUGCCAAAUUGAAUGAUAAAAUGCAUCGUACGGACCUUUUAAAUGAAUCUAAUUUGAACCUUCUCAGUUUGCAACUAAAGCCUUGUGUGCACGAUAUUUCAAACUUUUCGAAAAAUCCCGAAGUUUCAAUACCCAGCGGAUUCAGCGAUUUCAGAUGGUACGUCUCUAUCGAUGAAGAACCAAUUAUGCCACAGAUGGUUUACUACAUGAUUAGAACAGUGGUAGGAUUUCAAGAAGUCAAUGUACAUGCCCUAAAAGAAUUUAUCUUAACUGUUAGAAAGUGUUAUCGACCAAACCCUUAUCAUAACUGGGAACAUGCUUUUAACGUUGCACAUUGCAUGUACAACAUUCUAUUGCGAAAUAAAUCCUUAUUUACCAAUGUAGAGAUAAAAGCUCUUAUUAUAGCCUGCGUGUGCCAUGAUUUAGAUCAUGGGGGAUACACUAACAAUUUUUUACAAAAAACUGAACAGACGUUGUCUCAACUGUAUGAUGAAUCAUUUCUGGAGAACCAUCAUUUUCAAGUAGCCAUGCUCAUCUACAAAGCUUUUCCGUUUUACGAUAUUCCGACUGAGUUAUGGCAGCAAAUCAGCGCAGAAAUGAAACAUUGUAUCCUUGCCACGGACUUGGCCAACUAUUUCAAAGUUCGCAUCAAGCUCCUGCAGAUCAGCAAUGAUCAGGGACUAGACUGGGGAAACAGACAUCACCGACAGCUCUGCAAAGCUAUAAUGAUGACCAGCUGUGAUUUGUCCGGAUCCUGUAAACCCUACAUGGUUGCCAAGACAUUGACCGAUAAUGUGAUCAAAGAGUUCUACAAUCAAGGUGAUAAAGAAAAAGCUAUGGGCUUAACUCCUUUGUCCCUGAUGGAUCGAGAGAAAUCAGCUCAGAUUCCAGAAGAUCAAGUAAAUUUUCUGAACAUCAUCGUUUUACCUUGUACCGAUUUGUUGAAAAGCUUCCUGCCAAACUGCGCAGAUCUCAGCGCUGAGGCCUUGCUUUUGCGAAAAACAUGGCAAGAAAUUAUUGACUUGAAAGGCAGAAAAAGUUGGAGACAAGAUGACUCAGUUGUAAACCCCAUUGAAUGAUCAGUAGUUCGACCGCAUAAAUUCCUGUAACAGAAGUACUUUAAGCCGUAUUUAAAUUCAACGUUUUAAAAGAACGCGUGUACUGAAGCUUACUGUCUAAGACACUUCAACCAAUAUCAACUCAUUAGGAUAUGACCAGUUUAUAAGCAUUCAGCUGUUUUGCCUUCGAUCGUUUAGCCGAUAUCUGUACUUAAUGUCAAUAUAUCAAUAUCAAUUCUUAA